GUUUCUGCAGCAUUCUGGAGUUUAUCCUGACUACACCGAGGAGCCAUCUAGUCUUGCUUCAGGAAAACCAAAUGUCCACAAUGUUACCUUACUUCUUAGUGAUUGGUGGGGUUCAGGAAUUGUACAUGCAAAAGUUUGGAUAUCAGAUUCUGAAGACAUUUAUAUUGGAUCAGCCAAUAAUGACUGGAAAUCUCUCACUCAAGUUAAAGAGGUUGGUGUCUACCUUGUAGGCUGUCCUAGCAUUGCCAAAAGAUUGGAGAUCUAUUUUGACAAUCUGUGGACAUUAUCGUCACUUAAUGCCACAGUUUACAGCAUUACCGUUUGGGAUAAAAUAUGGCAAGCUUCUAGAAAAGUUCCUUGCUGGUCUCAUUUCAUUCCUUAUAGAGAGAGAUGCAGCUCUCCUUUACAACAUUAUGUUGACACUCCACACGUGGAUGGAUAUCCAAUAUUAUCUGAUCCUGAUAAAUUCCAUGUUUCACUUAUGACUCCUGGAUAUAACAUAUCAUCUGCACUACAAAAUUCGAGCUAUCAGACAAGUUAUCUUUCAUUUGCCCCACCAGAGCUAUUGUUUGAGAAGUUCCAAUCAGAUGAACAGGCAUGGGUGGAGACAAUUAAAUCUGUACCAUUCGGAGGAACUGUUAGAAUUAAUACAAUGGAUUGGCUAGGUGAGUCCCAAUACACAAAACAAACUAUAUAUUGGUCGUCUCUUUCGUCUGCAAUAUCAGAGGUAAUUUUCUCCAAGAAUGCAACAGUUAAUCUACUAGUAGCAUACUGGACACAUACUCUUGAAGGCACUGAACAGUACCUCAAAUCUCUUUUAUACUCAAAUGUAUUGUGCAAAUCAUCUGAAUAUAACAAAUGUCAUGGAAAAGUUGCAGUAAAGUAUUACAAGGUGCCUGGCUAUAUGAAAACUGGAGCUGCCUUCAUUAAUGGAACAGCUACAGGAAACAUUUACCCUGCUUAUACUCGAGUUAAUCAUGGAAAAUAUGCUGUUAGUGACGUGAGAGCACACAUUGGAACCAGCAAUCUUGUAUGGGAUUAUUUCUAUACCACAGCAGGUGUGAGCUUUGGUACAUAUCAUCCAGGUAUUGUUGCUCAACUACAAGAAAUCUUUGAUGCAGAUUGGACUUCUCCAUAUGUUGUUCCAGUUGAACCAAUUGCUGCAGCUUAGGCUGCUUGGAGCUAAAAAAUGGUAUGUAUUCAUCUUGUUUUUCUAUCUUUCACAUAAGUGUUUGAAAUUACUAAAAAGAAUAAAGUAAAGGUUCUUUAUGGUCAAUAGUUCUGUUUUGAAA